AAGACUUGAAUAAAAUGGAGCCAAUCUUGAAUUUGCCUGGAAUAAAAGAAACUCGCAGGAAGUUAUUGUGUAACUUGUGCAAGGUGAAAUCUGGUGCUUGCGUUCGGUGUUGUAAUGCAACUUGCCGAACGUCUUUCCAUCCUAUAUGUGCAAGGGAGGCAGGGAACAGGCUAGAAAUCUGGGGAAAACGCGGGUGUGACACUGUUGAACUGCGAGCUUUCUGCUCGAAGCAUUCAGAUAUUCAAGAAAGUGGAAGGCCUAUAGAGGGAGGAGAAAUUAAUGCAGCUGAUAGUCGUCCUCCUCUAUGCCAUCUUCCAUCAGAAUCUGUAAGAGAUCAGCUAAGUACUGAUGAGAUGGGAGUUGACGUAGGAACACCAGGUACACGUUCUGAUAUUUCGAGAAACAGUGAGUUGCGAGAACUGGAAUCACCAUGUUCAGAAUUUAACUUGUCUGCAACAGACAUUGUCGAAUCAGGGAUUACUGGGAGAAGCACCGAUGAUGAAAAGACUCAAUCCGAGUCUCUUAGUUUUGGGUUGAUUCUGAAAAAGUUGAUCGACCUGGGGAAAGUGAAUGUGAAGGAUGUGGCUGAAGAGAUCGGGGUCAAUCCUGAUGCAUUGAAUGCCAAACUUAUGGAUGGAGACUUGUUGCCUGAUUUACUAGGCAAGAUAGUUAAAUGGCUUGGCCAGCAUGCACACAUGGGAACUAGGAACAAAGGCGAAAUUUCUAAAAGUACGAAACCUACUAAAUCUGAGCGUCGGGCUGCUAUCUGUACUGAAGGCAUGAUGAUGCUAGAUUCUGACAUCUUGAAUCCGACAUGUACCCCUGCUGAAAAUUGUAUUAGUAAUGGUGUUGUGACUGAUGAAGCUAAAGCUUAUACUCCAAUUGUGAAAAAUGGAAGCAGUGAGAAUUUGCCAUCUGAUCAUUCUUCAGAAGAACAGAAACCAGCAGUACUUGAUCAGGAAGGUCAUCUUGGGAAAAGUUCAGUUAAUCUUUCUGAUGAUCACGGAGAACAAUCAAAUCCCAGUUCGUCUGGACGAAUGGUGGAGAAUGCCUUUCCCUUGAGGCCAGAUAGUUCUCAAAAUCGUGGAAUGUUGAGCUGUCCAAGCCCUAUUAUCUUGGAUCUCCUUGAUCAUGAAGCAUAUCCUGGUUUCGAUCCUCAUCCUUAUAUUCACAAAGAAUUGUCAGAGAUGGACAAAGGAAAGGCCCUGAAAAGCAGCACGAAUUCUUAUGUGGAUAGGAUGACAACCGAACCUGGGGGCUCUGAAGAAGGAAACACAUUUUGUCAGUUAGCUAAAGCUAGGAAAUUGGGCAUACUGGAUCUGUCUCCCAAAGAUGAAGUGGAAGGAGAGCUUCUAUAUUAUCAACUUCAGCUACUUGGCACCGCAGUUUCAAGAAAGCAACUCUCGGACGAUCUAGCCUACGAAGUUACCAAAAAGCUACCCCUGGAGAUUGAUGAAGAGCAUGGACGAAGAUGGGAUGAUGUUCUGGUUAACAAAUAUUUCCAUGAUGUCAGGGAAGCAAGAAAGCAAAGUAGGAAAGAGAAAAGACACAAAGACGCCCAGGCUGUUCUAGCUGCUGCUACUGCUGCUGCAGCAACAUCUUCUCGGAAUACAUCGCUCAGGAAAGAUAUGGCAGAAGAACCUGCUCAUCAAGAGAUGAGUACUUCUAGACGUAAAGUUUCUGGCAGCGCUCACCUAGUGCCACAGACAAAGGAAACACUUUUAAAGAUGCCUGUUUCCGGUCCACCAUCAGACAAGCGGUCUGAUCAUCGUACACCAGACUUAUCAUCAGAAAAACCACGAAGUUGUGAUAUCUGCAGACGCUCUGAAACUAUAUGGAACCUGAUUGUGGUGUGCUCUAGUUGCAAGGUUGCUGUUCACAUGGAUUGCUACAAAUGUGCUAAAGAAUCAACUGGUCCUUGGUACUGUGAACUAUGCGCAGAAUCUACUGGUUCUUUCAAUUUCUGGGAAAACCCGUCUUCUACUACAGAGUGCACUUUAUGUGGAGGCACAACUGGGGCUUUUAGGAAAGCCACAAAUGGCCAGUGGGUACAUGCAUUUUGUGCGGAGUGGUCUUUGGAAUCAACCUUCAGAAGGGGACAAAUAAAUCCUGUGCAAGGAGUGGAGUCUUUGGCCAAGAACACCAGUACUUGUUGUGUAUGCCAACGGAUAUAUGGUGCAUGCUUUAAGUGUAGUUAUGGUAACUGCCAGGCGACGUUUCACCCAACCUGUGCCAGAAGUGCUGGCUUUCAUAUGAUUGGUGGUGGGAAACUUCCGCAUAAGGCUUACUGUGAGAAACACAGCUUGGAACAGAAGGCAAAGGCCGAAUCUCAGAAACAUGGGGCAGAUGGGCUGAAAAGUCUCAAGCAUUAUAGGGUUGAACUAGAGAGGCUACGACUUCUGUGCGAGCGGAUAGUCAAGAGGGAGAAGUUAAAACGAGAGUUGGCUAUCUCCUCACAUGAGAUACUUGCUGCCAGAAGGGAUCACGCUGCACGUUCGUUACCACUCCGUAAUCCAUUUUCUCCUCCAGAAGUUUCAUCUGACUCAGCGACGACAUCAAUAAAAGGUCAUCCAGACAGUAAUAUAUCUGGCAGUGAAGCAAUACAGAGGUCAGAUGAUAUCACCAUUGACAGCACAGCCUCUGUUAAGCUUCGAGGGAAAGGUCCUAUUGCAAUGGACACUGAUCAGAAAACCGACGAUAGUGCUACUUCCAAGGGUAGUAGGAGCAAAGUAUUUUCUGGGAAAACGGUUCCACGGAAACAUUGUAUUGUCUCGCCAAGUGUUUCGGAGGAUGGAGAUGAAGAAGGAUCAAAGCCCAAGAAGCAGAAUGUAGAAACAUUUGCGAAGGAGAUUGUGAUGACAUCGGACGAAGCUUCUUUCAAGAAUCGGCGGCUACCAAAGGGCUACUUUUAUAUUCCUGUUGAUUGCUUGCAAGAAGACAAGCCAAGCAAGGACAAGGCGGCGGACGAGGACUCUUCUGACAAGUGAAUCAAACCAACCACUAGGCUUCUUCUUCUUCUUCAGGUGAGUGAAUCUAUGUAAGCACAAGGGGGACAUCAGUUUUUGGUUGACGUACCCGUACCGGACACGUUUCCGGCCAUGAAAACGGCGGCACGGGGGCAGCGUUGGGAUAUAUGUCCGAGAAGUUGGAGACGCAACAUCUUAUGGAAAGACGCACGGACGAUGAAAAGCAGUCGAGAGUCGAGACGUAGAUCAUUCGUUUGGUUUUGAAAAAUUGUAUGCUGCUUAUAUAGUGCGAUUGAAUUGAUUAGCAAGCGGAGUCUAAAUAAAAAAAGGAAUUAAAAGGGAAAAAAUUAUACUGGAAUGUAGCAUUUGUAUGAUAAAUUGACUUAUGUUUUAGCUUUUUAUUUCUUCA